UCCCUGUCGUUUUGAUGCUGUUGCAGCUCCAAGAUGAACGGCGUCAACGGCAUGAACGGGCAUAACAACGAGCUCAACGGGCACGGCGAGCUCGCGAACCAGAAGGGCUGCUGGACCAUCGGCCUCAUCAACAGCAAGUUCCGCUACCUCACCGCCGAGACCUUCGGCUUCAAGAUCAACGCCAACGGCGCCUCCCUCAAGAAGAAGCAGGUGUGGACGUUGGAGCCGGCUGCCGGCGGCGACUCUGUCAUCUACCUGCGCUCGCACCUCGACAAGUACCUGGCCGUCGACUCGUUCGGCAACGUGACGUGCGAGUCGGACGAGAAGGACGCGGGCUCCCGCUUCCAGAUCAGCGUCGCCGACGACAGCUCUGGCCGCUGGGCGCUGCGCAACGUCGUGCGGGGCUACUUCCUGGGCGCCUCCGCCGACAAGCUGACCUGCACCGCCAAGGCCCCCGGCGAGAACGAGUUCUGGCUCGUGCACCUGGCCGCCCGCCCGCAGGUGAACCUACGUUCGGUGGGGCGCAAGCGUUUCGCGCACCUCUCCGAGAACCUGGACGAGAUCCACGUGGACGCCAACAUCCCCUGGGGCGAGGACACGCUCUUCACCCUCGAGUUCCGCGCGGACGACGGCGGCAAGUACGCGCUGCACACGUGCAACAACAAGUACCUGUCGCGGGAGGGCAAGCUCGCCGACACGUGCACGCCCAACUGCCUCUUCUCCGCCGAGUACCACGCCGGCAUGCUGGCGCUGCGGGACCGCGCCGGCGGCUACCUCUCCCCCAUCGGCUCCAAGGCGGUGCUCAAGUCCCGCUCCAACACGGUGACCAAGGACGAGCUCUUCUCACUGGAGGACUCGCUGCCCCAGGCCAGCUUCGUCGCCGCCCUCAACGGCCGCUACGUCUCCGUCAAGCAAGGUGUGGACGUGACCGCCAACCAGGAUGACAUCUCGAACCACGAGACCUUCCAGCUGGAGUUCGACCAGUCCACCAAGCGCUGGUACAUCCGCACCAUGCAGGACCGCUACUGGACCCUGGAGAGCGGCGGUGGCAUCCAGGCAGCCGGCGACAAGAAGUCCUCCAAUGCGCUGUUCGACCUCGUCUGGCAAGGAGAUGGAUCAGUUGGAUUCAGGGCCAAUAACGGCAAAUUUGUGGCAACCAAGCGUUCAGGACACUUGUACGCCAAUGCCGACUCUGUGGAGGAACCUUCAAAAUACUUUUUCUACCUUAUCAACAGACCUAUCCUCGUCCUGAAGUGUGAACAAGGAUUUGUUGGUUACAAGAGCCCUCAGACCCCUAAACUGGAGUGCAACAAGGCAUCGUAUGAGACAAUCCAGGUUGAACGUAGCGAGAAGGGUGUUGUAUAUUUCAAGGGACAAAAUGGUAAAUACUGGCAUGUUGAUGGGGAAGGUGUAUCCGCUGACUCUGACAACCAAGAGGGCUUCUUCCUGGAACUACGAGAGCCAACACGAAUCUGCAUUAAGAGUGUGACUGGGGAGUACCUUGUGGCUUCCAAGAAUGGAAUGUUCCGACUUGGAGACAGCAAUUAUGAAAAUGCCACAAAGUGGGAGUAUUAGGUUCAACUUUAAUUGAGUGGCAAUGCAUUAUCAUUCCAUUUGUGCAGUGCCGUUUCCAGCUUGGAAUACUUUUGCUUGAAAUUAAUCUAUCCCAGAAUAAGAUAAGUUGAUUAUUACGAUUUAGCCUUAAUGUUUUCAGAUACUGGACCGUUACUCUUGUUGUGAGUACUUACAAAUCAUGUGCUUCUUUUUUUAAGUAUAUUAACUGUGGAGAAUAUGAUCACUCUCCUUUUGUGCAAUGGAAAGUAUGUCCUUGUAGAACUAGUCAAGAUGAAAUCUUUUUUUGUUUUGUUUUUGUUAAAUCUGUUGCCAAACAACUUGUCUUUUUUAUAAAUAUGGAAUAUGGUUAAAAGAAGCAUAAAUUUUGGGUCUAUUGUGCUUCAUUUUGUUUUAAUUAGACUCUGGGGAUAUUUUUGAUUGUUUACUAUUGGGUUUGUAUCAGGACCUACCAGUCAAUGAAAUUUGUCUUUGGGUGUUUUAACACCUUGCAUACACUUAAUUUAUGACAAUGAAGAAAUAUACUUCCGUCUGCCAUGUGUGAUAUGUUUCUCAGAAGUGGCGUAUUGUCCUUGUUUAAUUUACUGAAGACUGACAGCAUGGUAUUAACUACAGCCAUGUCAUGUAUUCUGGAGCAAUACACUUUUUGUAAUCCAGUAGAUUAGGCAUGUAAGGGCUAUCACUCUUUUAAAGGUUCUUGUGUAAGCUCCUGCCCUCUUUUAGGGAGAUGGCAAAACCAAUGAUUGUUUAAAAUGUAUGCAAGAAGCCAAUGAACUCUUCGCACUCUUGCAAAUAUUGUAAAAUACACAAUGUCUGUCAGUAUUUAUUCUUCUUCUAAUCAACUGGUUCAUAAGUAGAGGCCGGCAAGCCUUUUCUUCAUUUUCAUCCAAAUUAGAUAUCCAAAUCUUAUGACUUUGAAUUAUUUUCUAUCUUUUACAUUUUUAUACCUUUGUCAUAUGUAUACCCAAAGUUUUGAUGUUUUAAUAAGGUGUUUUCAGGGUAGACAACCUGCGUUAAAAUUAUCAGCUUUUUCUUGUUUUAAGGACUGGUGCCCGAAUCUUUUUAUGUAAAUAUUCUUUGUCCUUGUUGUUUUUUUGUUAUCUUACAAAAAACUAUUGACUAUUGUAGGGCAAAACUCCACUUGUGUUUAAAAGCAAGAAUUUAAAAAAGUUAUAAAUGACUUGCAAGUUUAGAAAAAAAUAAUAAUAGUGAUUUAACAACUCAAUUAUUUAGGCCUAAAAAUGACAUGCCUGUUGCUGAGUACCUAGUUUAAUGGUAACAAAGUUGAGAAACUUGUAAAACAGCGCAAUUAGUAUAAUGAAUAGCAGUAGAGAACUUUCACUAGCAGAUAAACGAUAAAUUUUGUCUUAUGCUACUAUUGUGUGAGCACAUUCUUUUAUGUGAUAUGUCUGAUUACGUCCCCGUUUUCCUCUAAUUUCUUGGUAUCCAAAGCUGCGGGCCAGCUAUAACCCGCUAGAGGAAAACAGCCAGUACUUACUGCGUUUCAUCCUGCCUUGCCUUUCCAUUUGAGCACUGCCGCACAGCACCCUUUCUCUACUUAGGUUUGGGCAAGAAUUAUGAGUUGGAAAUUGUAAUAGGUGUGGGGGAGUCAGAUUUGCAGAAUUACGAGAGUAUUUUUAAGUUCCAAUGUUUCAUAUUGCUACAAGCUUUUUAUUAUGUUUUUAUGUGAGAGAUGACUGAAUUUAUUUAUUUGCAACCAGUGAGGCAUAAGGCCUUUUUAUAGUAUCACCAGUAUGUUCUGUAUGCAAAUGUGCUUAUUAUUGCUUACAAAUGUUUUUGUUUGGCUUUAUUUAAUUUUAUUCAAGAUACAUGCUGAAUGUGGUGUGCUUUAUUGACUAGGAAGCCGUGAGGCACUUUUGUACAUACCAGCCUUAUGUAUCAUACCUAAUAAAUUGAUUUAAAUACCUUUAAA